UUGUAUCAAAACUAUUUUAUAAAAUCCUAAAAUGAGGCAUCGUUCCUAAAAAAAUAUAAAAUAAAUUCCACAAUUUUCGACCACUUUGGCAGUCAAAAUUCGCAAUCUAAAUUCGAAAUUAGCAAAAAACCAUCUAGCCCCAAACAGCGUGACCAUGACCAAUCGACUGGCCUUGCACCACAUCCUGACCACCCAGCUGCGAAGGGACUGGGAACAGGAGGAGAGCGCCAAGACCAGGCUGUCGCAGCUGUCCAGGAGGGACAGGAUCAAGGCCUCGCUAAGAUCGAGUCAGUUGCCAGGACGUUACCUGUUGCCCGACACCAGAAAGACCUACGACAAUAUGGUGGCCAAUAUUCACUCGACCAUGAAGUCGGUUCGAGCACCACGAAGACCACGGCCAACGGUGCCGCUGCCCACAUCUGUGACUCCGAAUUCAGUGCCAGCAGUUGCACCACCACUGCCAUCGAAACUGGUGUCCAAGCAACCGAAACGCAGGUCGGUGGGUCGCAUCAAGGGCGGCGGUAACUCUUCCAAGGCGGACAGUGCCCAUGGCAUCGCCUCCAAAUCAUUGGCGACGAUCAAGGCCUCCAUCAGCCAGAAGCAGAAGAGAUCGCGGGGCUUUGAGCAGCACAGCCGCAUCCGUGAAGUCAUCCAACAGAAGAAAGUGCUGGAGACCAUGUUGCAGCAGCACAAGAAGCUGCAAAGCGAUCGACGCACCAUAGCGAUUGAUAUCCAGCGAAUGCGUGCCGAUCUGGACAGGAUUCGCAACAAGCUGGACACCUCGCUGCAGAGCCUCAACUCGACGCGCACCCUAUUUAGUGCCGCCAACAAGGCGAGUCUCAGAAAGUCGACCGCCAUGCAGAAGCCCACGCAAAACAUGGUGACCACCACCAAACGCCGCUCGGCUGGCAAACGAAAGGCCCGGACCGUUGCCAUUCCGAUGAACCGACAAAGUGUGCUGACCAACAAGGCCCCAAUUCUCAAACGAAAAGUUCGGUAAAAUGCAAAGUAAAAAAUGAAAAAAAAAUAUUUAAACUUCGGCAAAAAACUACCAUAACUG